CGGAUUCAAAGUGAAGUUAGUGCAACUUCACUUUUAGUUCUCUCUCUCCCUGGUCCUUUGAGCUUCAAGAAGUUGUUCCUGUUUGUUGUAGCAGUUCCUGUCCUUAAUUUCUUCAACCUUCUCAACACAUAACCACCUUGGUCUGUGUUUGUUUGUGUGUGCUUAUUACUUGGUCUCUUCAUAUUGUACAUAUAAAAAUUAUGGAUGAUGAAUAUGCCAAGCUUAUUAGAAGGAUGAACCCACCAAGGGUUGUGAUUGACAACAAUGCCUGUGAAAACGCCACUGUUAUUCAGGUUGACAGUGUCAACAAACAUGGGAUUCUCCUCGAUGUUGUCCAAGUUAUAUCAGAUAUGAACCUUGUAAUAACAAAGGCCUACAUCUCCUCUGAUGGGGUGUGGUUCAUGGAUGUGUUUAAUGUGAUUGAUCAUAAAGGAAACAAGAUCAGAGAUAAGGAAGUCAUUGAUUAUAUUCAGAGGAGACUUGAAAACAAUCCCAGCUUUGUACCCUCAUUGAGAGAGUCUGUAGGGGUUGUACCUACUGAAGAGCACACUGUAAUUGAACUCACCGGCACAGACCGGCCAGGUUUACUAUCUGAAAUCUGUGCAGUUCUCACAGACCUUCACUGUAAUGUGGUGACUGCUGAGAUAUGGACACACAAUACUAGAGCUGCGGCCGUAGUUCACGUGACGGAUGAUUCCAGUGGCUGUGCCAUCAAGGAUCCAUCUCGCCUCUCUACAAUAAGGGAUUUGCUUUCUAAUGUCCUUAGGGGGAGUAAUGAUCCAAAGACAGCAAGGACAACGCUUUCACCCCAUGGUGUUACAAAUAGGGACAGAAGAUUGCAUCAGAUUAUGUUUGCUGACAGGGACUAUGAAAGGAUUGAAAGAGCAGGACAAGAGGAACUUAGAGAUAGAGAUAAACGCCCUCUCCCUCAUGUAACUGUCGGAGAUUGUGUUGAGAAAGAUUACACUGUGGUUACCAUGAGAGCACAAGAUCGACCAAAGUUGUUAUUCGAUAUUGUUUGCACUUUAACUGACAUGCAGUAUGUAGUUUUUCAUGGUGUUGUCAAGACAUUAAGGAUGGAAGCUUUUCAGGAAUUUUAUAUUCGCCAUGUUGAUGGCUUUCCCAUAAGUUCAGAGGCAGAGCGAGAACGCCUCAUGCAGUGUCUUGAAGCAGCAAUUGAAAGGCGAGCAUCUGAGGGAAUGGGGCUGGAGUUGUGCACAGAAGAUCGCGUAGGACUCCUCUCAGAUAUCACAAGAACAUUUCGUGAAAACAGUUUAUGUAUCAAAAGAGCAGAAAUAUCAACCGAAGAAGGAAAGGCAAGAGAUACUUUUUAUGUCACAGAUGUUACCGGUAACCCAGUUGACCCCAAGAUUAUAGAUUCAAUUCGCAGACAAAUUGGUGACAAAGUACUGAAAGUAAAGCAUAACUCUAAUCUUUCACCAAAGCCCCCUCAACCAACAACAAUUGGAUUUCUCUUGGGAAAUUUUUUCAAAGCUCGAUCUUUUCAGAAUUUUAAGUUGAUCAAAUCUUAUUCUUGAGUCCUCCUUUGUACAUUCUCAGCAUUUUCAUUGUGUUACUUUCAAAUCAAACAGAAAUGUAUGUAUGCAAGAUAAAGAAAUUGUAUAUGUUCCUCCCCCAGCAAAGGGGCUUGGAAUUCACACUUUACAGUAGAAAGCUUAAACACCAAUGUACAUAACUUAGUGUAAAUUGUUGUGCUCAGUAGCAUGUUACCUAGGUUGUAAAUGCAACAAGUAGUCCUUUUAGAUUAUCAAGUCCAAAAGAGUAAAUAGUGCUUUUGAGUAGAAUGUUUGGAGUAGAUGUGAACUUGGGUUUGUACAUGGUGUAAAGUGUACGUUUUGGUGGUCUAAUUUGGAGUAGAUGUAAAUCUGAGUAUGUACACAAAAAUUGAAUGAAAAAUAUGUAGUUAUGUGUGUGAUUGUCU